AAUUGUCCACCGCUUGAUGAUCCGCAAGGAGAUAAAACGGUACCGGAAGGUACUAAGUUCGAUAAAAAAUGUGUCCAGUACGAAUGUAAAGAUGGUGGAUACGAAGGAAUAGGAUGUGCUGAAUUUCAUUGCGAGGGUCAAACCGGAUCGACGGAUUACAAUUAUUCAUUAAGUUACCCAGAAUGUUGUCCUCAGCCAAUUUGCCCUAAAAACUGA